AUGGAACGUUUAUCCGUGUGCGGUUGGACACCUCCAAUUUUUCCAUUUCAAAAAGCCAUUAAAACUCACCUCCGUCACAAAUUCACACUGAAGAAUUGCAGAGACCGCACCGGAGAGGAUGCUCCUCCCUCCGGUACUUCAUCCGCUUUCGCUAUUCUCGGCGUCCAGCCAACCUGCUCAGCCACCGAGCUUAAAGCCGCUUUCCGCGCCAAAAUGUUAUCAAAUUACAGCCGAUCGGAGAUAAUUGAAAGGGAAUGUGUAGAUCCCUUUGAUAAUCCAGAAUGUGAAGCAUUUGAUGUUUUCGUUAACGAGGUUCUUUGUGUUGGAAAAGGUUGUCCAUAUUCAUGUGUACAAAGAGCUCCUCAUGCCUUCACUUAUGCUUCAACCGGGACGGCAAGAGCAACUUCUCCAGGAGUUGGGGAUGAUUACCAAGUUCAGCUUGCAGUUGGUCAGUGCCCAAGAAGUUGCAUUCAUUAUGUUACACCUAUACAGAGAAUUAUCUUGGAGGAGUUACUUGACAGUAUCUUGAACAUGCCUUAUGAUAGUUCAGCCGAGGCAGAUUUGCUAUACUCGCUUAUAGUUAAAGCCAGGUUUGAGAACAAUCGGUAUCGAAAGCCGAAGAAGCAACCCAAAGCUUCAACACAACAUGUAGACUGGUUUUGA